AAACGUAACUGAAUAAAUGAGAACAUGAGAAUUCUUACCAAACUGGAGGACUGCCACCCCUCCUAGGCUGCAGACCUGAAGCUCUUCAGGGGCCAGCAUAUGAAACUGUCCACCUCUAGGUCCAGGAAAUGGUAUUUUAUUUGGGCUGGGGCCGACCACCUUACACACCUGAGGCACAGUGCUCUCUCUCUAUGGUUGUGACUGCCAUUUCUCUGAGUGGAGGGAAAGGAUUGUCAGAAUCUUUACGCAGAACAAACUCUGCCACCUGACUGGAAACAUGCUUUGCCAACAGGCUGGCCCCAAAGCCUGUGCUCCGGGAAGACCCACUGGCAUCACUGGCACUGGUGAGUCUUUCUCACCAGAUGCAGGAAAAUGUCCCCUCUCGAAUCGAAGGAUGAGGCCUAUUUUAUGUAGGAACUGGGCAUUUUCUUGGGGUAAGUGGGAAAGGUGUGCUAACAAUUCCCUUCUGCUGAGACAGUGGAGUGUUUCUGCUCCCAAGUCCUCCCUAAAACCUGUGUGGUCACAGCUGAUAUUCUCUUGAACAGGAAAAAUCAAAGCAGGUAUCACCUGGAUCCAGGCAUCUAUGCCAGUAUCCGAGCCUGUAGGCUGGGACAGGGGCAUUACACAGGGCCUGGCCUACAGUUGCCCUGACAUGCCUAUAGCAGGGUUAAACCCUUUUAAAGAGAAUCUUGGGAAGUAUGCUUGAUGUAGCAGCUUCAGCCAUCAGGGGAAAAUAACCGUGUGGUUCCUUUCUCAGAUGCACUGGAGUUGGGGUUUACAUUUCAAUAGUGUUCGUAUUCUUUACCAAGAUUGAUACAUAUUCUGUUGGUCUACAUAGGGCAAUUUUUAAAUUUGUAAUUUAUAAGUAUUCAUUCAUUUAAGAGUUUCAUAAAGUAUUUUUUCAAAUCAGGUAUUUCUUGAAUGACUCUCCCUGCGCUUUCAAUGGCCAGCUGCCAUGUAUUAUUAAGAGCUCUUUUUUCUUCAGGAUCUUCCAGUAGACGUCUCGUUUAGCUAGAAGUCUUGGCUACAAUACAAACAGUGAUGGAAAACACAUGAGCAGUAACAAGUUUUAAUCUUGCUUCUCAGUACUAACAUGGACUAAUCUGUGGGAGCAGCUCAUUCCAGUGUCACCCAGGGUGCAGCCACACAGGCUCUGCUGAGGGAGUGCUUCUUGUAAAUGUGACAGCUCCUCCUUUCUCCUUAAACAGUACCUGGGAACACUGACAUUGCAGAUAAGUAGUACAUGGUGGAAAAUCCUACUUUCAUGAGGACUUACUCUCUUCUUACAAGUCACAGACUCGUCCUAUACACAAGACAACAUGAGGGAGUGUUUGCUCCUAGUUUUCUUGGCUGUGUGCUCUGCCAAACCCUUCUUUGGCCCUUCAUACAUGACCCUGAAGAACAUGAUGCUGAAGGACAUGGAAGGUGAAGAUGAUGAUGACACUGAUGCUGACAACUCUCUUUUUCCAACAAGAGAGCCAAUUAACCCCUUUUUCCCAUUCGAUCUGUUCCCAACAUGUCCAUUCGGAUGCCAGUGCUACUCAAGAGUGGUGCACUGUUCUGAUCUAGGUUUGUCCUCUGUCCCAAGCAACAUUCCAUUGGAUACUCGAAUGGUUGACCUUCAAAACAAUAAAAUUAAGGAAAUCAAAGAAAAUGAUUUUAAAGGACUCACUUCACUUUAUGCUUUGAUCCUGAACAACAACAAGCUAACAAAGAUUCAUCCAAAAGCCUUUCAAACCACAAAGAAGUUGAGAAGAUUAUAUCUGUCCCACAAUCAACUAAAUGAAAUACCACUUAAUCUUCCCAAAUCAUUAGCAGAACUCAGAAUUCAUAAUAAUAAAGUUAAGAAAAUACAAAAGGGAGCAUUCAAAGGAAUGAAUGCUUUACAUGUUCUGGAAAUGAGUGCAAACCCUCUUGAGAGUAACGGGAUCGAGCCAGGGGCAUUUGAAGGGGUGACAGUCUUCCAUAUCAGAAUUGCAGAAGCAAAACUGACCUCAAUUCCUAAAGAACUACCGUCAACUUUAUUAGAGCUUCAUUUAGAUUACAAUAAAAUUUCAACUGUGGAACUCGAGGAUUUUAAACGAUACAAAGAUCUGCAAAGGCUGGGCCUAGGAAACAACAGAAUCACAGAAAUCGAAAAUGGGAGUCUUGCUAACAUACCACGAAUAAGAGAAAUACACUUGGAAAACAAUAAACUAAAAAAAAUCCCUUCAGGAUUACAGGAGUUGAAAUACCUCCAGAUAAUCUUCCUUCAUUCUAAUUCAAUUACGAAAGUGGGAGUGAAUGACUUCUGCCCAACAGUGCCAAAGAUGAAGAAAUCUUUAUACAGUGCAAUAAGUUUAUUCGGCAACCCAAUGAAGUACAGGGAAGUACAACCUGCAACAUUUCGUUGUGUUUUAAGUAGAAUGAGUGUUCAGCUUGGGAACUUCAGAAAGUAGUGACUGGUAAUUAAUAAUAUCCAUUUAAUAUAAAAUUUAAAAAUUGUUACAUUUGGGAUACCUGAACUCUAUUAAGAACAGUGAUAUUAUGCUCAGAAGCAAAAAUCUAUCCCCAUGUGGUACAACCAGUGAUUUACUUUAGGACAAAAAAUUUCAUCAGAAUUUUGCAAAACUACUGAUACAGCAGGAUUAAGAGAAACAAGCAUCAACUGCAAUUUUCUUUUGCAUACAAAUGAUUUUGCAUAAAUCUCAUGCUUGAAUAUUCUUUCUCAAAAAAAAAAAAAGACAUUCAGUAUUUAAUACUUUGUUAUCAGUUAAACAGAACUGUACUGUAAAUGGAAUGCUUAACUUAGCAAAAUCUGUGCUUUCAUUUGCAAUUAAAAAAACAAAACUGACAAGGGCAGUGAUACGAAGCAUACAGUAAACUAUUCCUGUUCUUUCUUUAGGAACUCGGGCAGCACUGUGAUAUUCCUAACAAUGCUGACGCAUGGUGAUAUACUCCUAUUCAAAUUCUCACAUCUCAGAGCCUCACUGUCUUUAUGUUUAAAAGUAGCCCUUUAUAAUAAAAUUCUUCAGUAAGUGUUUAUCACCAAUCGACAGAUGUUGUUCACAAGAGCUGGUAUUUGAGCUAUAUAGCACAUGCUUUUCUUUUUUAAUUAUUACUCAAUUAUAAAACCUCUAUAAAAUGCAUAGUGAGUGUUUACAUAAAAUCUGUAACUCAUGCUUUCUUAUUAUCACAGUUAUUAUAAGCUGUUAACAGUAUGUCAAUUGUUAGGUUAUAUAACAUUGUCACCUCAACGCUAAGGAAUAUUUUCAAGAUGUUCCUCUGUAAGGCCUUGGUUGGAAGAGCCUGGUCACUCUAGAUUCUACACCAAAUUGUGCCCUCAAAUAUGCACAGACUGGAUAAUUCUGAAAAACACACCUGGUAUAACUAAAUAGGCAGAGCAUUAAAUAAAACACACAGAAACUAGAAGCUCUAAAUAAAACUUAAGAGUGCUUUAUGUAUUUUUUACUGGCAUUCAACAUAAGUGAAACUAGAAAAUCAGGAAAACAUUAAAAUAUUGGUUUGAAAUCAAACAUUUGUGCUUCGGCUUAAUUUUUCUUCUCCCACCCAGGAACCAUUUUUCAGAAAACUCUAGUUUAUAUAUUUAUAAACUCUAAUUUAUAUACUUAGCACAGUAUUAAUGCUUAUUCUUUUUGUUGGUUUCUUUUAUUUAAAUUUUAUUUUUCAAUUACAGUUUACAUUCCAUAUUGUUUUGUAUUAGUU